AACAAUUCAAAUCAGACGGACUCAUCGAAAUUCCAAAUUGUUUCACUCCUUGGACUUUGACUUUGGCAUUAUCAAUAAAAAAUGUCUUCAUUCCAGAAGCAGCCACCGUUCGGUUCGUUAUCCAAGGAUGCGGCCGUUGGAUACUGCAUGAAUUAUAUGAUCAGACGAAGUCGGGUUUCGGCUUCGCCAGUUUCGAAAUCGAGCAGCGAAUCCGUUUACGAUCUGACGCCCAAUCUGGAUGAGAUCAUAGGUCGUCUGACCGAGCAGGGAAUGACUAGUUAUAGUGGGAGUGUGCUUCUCGAUGAUUACGAGAUCACUGCGAUUUGUAGCAAGGCGAGAGAGGUACUGCUGAGAGAGCCGGCACUUCUUGAGGUUCAGGCACCAGUCAACAUUUUAGGCGAUAUUCACGGACAGUUUACGAAUUUGCUGAAGUACUUCAAGAUGGCGGGAUUUCCACCACAUGCCAAUUAUCUGUUUCUGGGUGACUAUGUGGAUCGGGGCAAGCAAUCGGUGGAGACCCUCACCCUACUGUUGGCCUACAAGAUCAGAUAUCCGGAGAACAUAUUCCUGCUUCGGGGCAAUCACGAGUCCGACAGUUUGAACCGCAUCUACGGAUUCUACGACGAAUGCAAACGACGAUACACGAUCAAGUUGUGGAGAUCUUUUGUGGACUGUUAUAAUUGUAUGCCAGUGGCGGCGGUGGUUGAGCAUAACAUAUUCUGCUGUCACGGAGGAUUGAGUCCCAGCCUGUUCACCAUGGAUCAGAUACGCAUGAUUCAUCGACCCUGCGAAGUACCCGAUCAGGGUUUGAUCUGUGAUCUGCUCUGGUCCGAUCCCGAUGUCAGGACCAUCGGCUGGGGACUUAACGAUCGCGGGGUGAGCUACACUUUCGGUGCGGAUACUGUUCAGAGUUUUCUCACCCGCCACGGAUUCAGUCUUAUCUGUCGCGCCCAUCAGGUGGUCGAGGAUGGUUACGAGUUCUUUGCCAAGCGUCAACUCAUCACCAUCUUCUCGGCUCCCAAUUAUUGCGGGGAGUUCGACAAUGCCGGCGCCAUGAUGUGUGUCGAUGAGAAUCUCGUCUGCACCUUUCGCAUCCAGAAACCAAUAUCCACAAAACGCAGCUCCAAUCUGUCGAUGCUGAAUUUUUACAAGCCAUCAAGCUCGUCAACUCGAGUCAGUUCCAAACCUUUAGAGUCCACCAUGUAAAGUCCGAUACUGUCUAAAAAUGUUGUUGCUUUAUUUGAAAAGUGCUCGUAGUCCAAAAAUUGUAAUUGUUUUAACAAAUGUCGAAAAUAAUCAGCUUAGGUACAUACUAUA